AUGGCCAUGUCUUGUUACCCACAACAUCUGACCGAGCUGGUGUCCACGGAGAUCCUCCUCCGGCUCCCCGUGAAUUCGCUGCUGCGGUUCAGGUGUGUUUGCAAGGCAUGGCGCGACACCAUUGACAAUGAUUUCUUUGUCCGCGCACACCUCCGCCUCCGCGCCGCCCAGAACACGUUCACGCUCAUCGCCCCACAUGUUAAGGGGGAUGGCGGGAUCACCGCCGCCGGCUUGUAUAGGUGGGAGCAGGGCGUCAAGGCCGACGGCGACGACAGGAAUACCGCCGCCGCCGCUGGCCUGUACCCGUGGGAGCAGGACACCGCCACCCUCGUACACCCCAUGGGCGCCGACUACUCCGUCCCGGGCACGACGAAUGUUUCCCACGACCUUGCGCACUGUGACGGGCUGGUGCUGGUGCCUUCCGACGCCAUGGUGCGUGUGCUCAACCCGGCCACAAGGCGUGUCCUCGUGCUUCCCUUGAGGCCUCCUCACGCUGUCAUGUUUGGUUCAACCCCUUUUGGAUUCCAGGGCCAUCAGGCUUUCGGCCUCGGCCAUGACCCUCGCUCCAAAGCUUACAAGGUUGCUCGCUUCUUCUACCGCUCCAUGGAAGGGCCCGUGGACAACCCUAACCACUACACCCUCGGGAUGGAGGUGCUCACCGUCGGAGCGGCGGACCAGCGUUGGCGAGAGACGGCAGCGCCUCCACCUUACCCUGUCUUGCCAGGCCGAACCGCCACCUUCUUCAAGGACUCGUUGCUUUGGACCGUCGAGGAGUUGCUACUCCGGGAAGCGCCGGGAUUCAUCCGCUUCAAGUUAGAAGACGAGUCGUUCGGUGUCCUGCCAGGGCCUCCUUGCAGCCCGAGCCUGGACUACGCGGCUGCGAGCUUAGCCGAGCUGCGUGGGGAGCUGUGCGUGUGCGUGCCUCGUCACGAGGCUGACUACGGCGACGGUUCGCACGAGACGUGGAUCUGCCGCGACUUGGACGACGCGCCACAAUGGGAGCCACGCCAUGUCAUCGAGAUACACACUUUUCCACGACUCCGAUGUCUACGUCCAAUAGCUGCCUACACUGACGUGCUAGUGCUCCAUGCCGAACCCUGCUAUCUCUGCCGUGAAACUCAAGAACCUGGGAGGAGCAAGGAAGAAGAAAGGGCUCCGCUUCACAUGCAGCUCCAGUUGAGGUAUUACCACCCUGACACGGGCGUGUUUGUUGAAUACCCAACGGAGACAUGUGCCUUUCAAGUAAUCUCAUACGUUCCAAGUUUAGUUCCCGUCUAG